CAUGGCAACAACCACAUGACUGGCUCAAAACUCAGGCUGAACUCCUAUCUCUGUUCCUUGUGACUCCUGGUGCAGGUGGAUUCAGGCUACAGAGACAAAGUAAUGCAGCAUCAAGCUUACCAACCAAUUCUACCCAGUGUCAAUAAAUAUCUGCAAUACAAAUGGGACAAAAGCUGCUACGAGAUGCACAGGAAAAAGGUUAAAUCUGCAAAACCAACUAUUGCCACAACUCCACCGAAGACCUACAACCACUUGAUUGUAAAGUUAAAGAAACUACAGCUGGAAGAAGAACGCAUUUCAAGAAUCAAAAGAGAAAAUCAAAUGCUCUUGGACAAAAUGUCCCAUAUAAUGCAGACCACCGGGGGAGUUGACUGCAAAAAUGAAUAUGUCAAAAAAAGUCUUGUCGAGGGAAAAAGACAGCUGGAGCUGUUGCAUAUUGCUAAGGAGAACCAGAAAAUACUUCAGCGCCUGUCUACAUGCAGGCCACAUUAUAACAUUCAAGCCUGGCACAACCAGUGGCUUGAAAAUAUUGAGUUCAUGAAAAAUAUAUCGAGCUACCCAAGCCAAUACACUCAGGGAUCCUUCUUGCCACCCAUUUAUGCAGACAGGCAUAGGACAGAAGUACACGACAAAGUUAGGAAGAAAAACAUUAGAAGACUUGUGCAUACAGACUCUGCUGAUAUGAUGAAUGAGAAAGAGGACUCUGAUAAGGAGACAAAAUCUGAAGUCAAAGUUACAUCUGAAGAUGAAGCAUAAAUCCUGCACCACAUUAGCUCAAGACGUCUAUAUAUUUUUUAUCAGUUUAGGAAACUUAUACCACAUAUGUGUAUGCUGUUGAAUGGAUUUAUGUUAAUGCUGUAGACGUUUACCUAUAAGCUGAUUUAAAUUAAAUAUAAAUAUUUACCACUAGGGGUCCCUGUACUG